GAAAUAAUCACUGAUCUGGCAUAAGUGACAGUGACAAGUGGAAACACUGCUUUCGGUGAUUUCUUUAAGGAAGGGAAAUAACAAUUUUGUAUACAAACACAUAUAUAAUUAUACACAUCAUUGGGAAAGAAUGAUUCAUAUAUUAAACAGGGACGAUUUUUAGGAACAACAACGUCAGGAAGAACAGCGCCCGUUAGCGGUCUAUCGAGGCUAGGCAAAGGCUUGGUACAAACCUCAGGUCCAAACAGCAUGAGGGACAUAAACAAAAUCAAUCUGUGGUGUGCAUAUGGUUUUAUCACAACAAUACUACGCUGAUGUCUAGAUGUUGAACAGGUAUCAUAUUCUCUGUGAUGUUCGUCAGACACCUGAAGACCAGAGGUAUUGGACUCAUCAUGGGCUCAAAAAGGAGAAGGGCUACGUCCCCCUCUAGUAGUGUCAGUGGGAGGGACUUUGAGGAUGGACAGCCGUCAUCCUCAGCAUCUUCAGUAGGUUGGAAAAGGAGAAGAACCUCUAACAUUCACACUGUUGAUCCAAUUGCACUAUGCCAUGAACUGUACAACACUAUCAGAGAUUAUAACGAUGACCAGCGAAGGAUGUUGUGUGAGCUGUUCAUGAGAGCACCCAAGAGACGGAAUCAACCGGAUUACUGCCACAUUGUGACACAUCCCAUUGACAUGAUGAAGAUCCAGCAGAAGCUGAAGAUGGAGGAGUACGAUGAUGUGGACCAGAUAACGUCCGACUUUCAGCUCUUAUUCAACAAUGCAAAGGCAUACUACAAGACUCCAGAGUGCAGAGCAGCCUAUAAGCUGUGGGACCUCUACCUGCGCACCGAGAAUGAGUUUGUCCAGCGGGGGGAUUAUGAUGAUGAGGACGGGGACGAUGCACAUGAUAAUCCUGGAGCGUCCGAUGAGAAUGCACCCAGUUGCCUGAAGGAGGUCCUUGAGCAGCUGUUGGAUGCGGUGGUGAAAUUCUCAGAGCCCUCAGGGCAUUUAGUCAGUGAUCUGUUCCAGAAACUACCAUCUAAAGUGCAAUACCCAGACUAUUAUGCCAUAGUAAAGGACCCAAUAGAUCUGAAAAUCAUUGCCCAGAAGAUACAGAUGAGCCUCUACAGAAGUGUCAGCGCCAUGGCAAAAGACAUAGAUCUCCUGGCCAAGAAUGCCAAAACAUACAAUGAGCCUGGGUCACAGGUUUUUAAGGAUGCCAACACCAUCAGAAAUAUUUUUUCACAGAGAAAGACAGAAAUUGAGCAUGCUGAGCCCAUCAAAUCCAGCAUUCACAUCAAGAACAGAAGGUCAACCCAGGGAGACCAGCUCUCAGCUAUUACCAUGGCUCUUCAGUAUGGGAUUGAGGACGAUGGCAUUCUGGCUGGGUCUGUCCACUAUGACGAGGGGGAGUCGGAGGCAGAGAGCAUCCACCACAGCAUGGACAUGAGUACCCCCAUCUUCCAGCUGUACGAGGCUAUGUGGGGCGGAAGGAACAGCCAGGGACAGCUUAUCUCCGAGCCUUUCCUCCAGCUGCCCUCCAGGAAGGACUACCCAGACUACUACCAGCAGAUCAGCUGGUAGUAGCUUCCACUGUUGCAGGCAGAUUAGGAACAAAAUGAAGAACAACGAGUAUGAGAGUGUUGAGCAGCUAGACGCAGACAUCACUCUGAUGUUUGAGAAUGCCAAGCGCUACAAUGUGCC